AAAUCAAAAUGAAAAAUUUGGAAGUCAAAAGGUAGGAAGUACGAAGGACAAGCGGUGCUCAAGGGACGAGGGCCCACAGUCCCUAGUUUCCUCCGUCGUCUCUCAUAAUGGUAAUCAACUAAAUCAAAGCUAAGACACAGAAGUGACUGCUGAAUUGAAAUCUGUCUUAGGGACGCUCGAACAAAAGAACGGGAUUCGCUGCUUAAAAGACAGAAACAAAAGAUUAAAAGAGCCUAUGAAACGAAAAUGGUUUGCCAUUAUUAUCACUUAGUGGCGUCGGUUGGGGCACGCUUUUCAAUGGGCAAACCUUCUGUGUUGCGAGCCGAGCAUUCCAUGGCUCCUGAUCUGUCCUCCGACCGUUCCGUCAUCCGUCGUGAAUCCUCUUCUCCUUUUCGCCGUCGUGAUCUCGUCUUCGUUGUCAAUCCCCGAGGUGCUAAUGGGAGAACGGGCAAAGAGUGGAAGAAACUGCUUCCUUAUCUCCAAUCUCGUCUCGGUAGUGAUUGUAACAUAUGUGAAUCUUUGACUUCGGGUCCUUCUCAUGCAAUGGACAUAACUAGGGAGGCUAUAAGGGAGGGUGCUGAUGCUGUGAUUGCAGUUGGAGGUGAUGGAACUCUUCAUGAGGUUGUUAAUGGGUUCUUUUGGGAUGGGAAACCUGUUGUUAAUCAGAAUACAGAGGCUGUUCAUUCAACCGCUUUUGGUCUCAUUCCCUUGGGGACUGGGUCAGAUUUUGCCCGAACAUUUGGCUGGAAAAAUGAUCCCCAUGAAGCCAUAGAACGCAUUGCUAGAGGGGUGAGAUCACGAAUCGACAUUGGUGUCAUUAGCAGAGAAGGGGAAGGAUCUCAUUAUUUCAUAAAUGUUGCUGAUAUCCAUCUGAGUGCAAAGGCAGGCUAUUAUGCAUCAGGGUACAAGAAAUUUGGAAACUUAUGCUAUGUUAUUGGUGCGUUGCAAGCCUUUAUUGGGCACAGUAACCAGGACCUUCGAAUCAAGGUGAAUGAGGGUGAGUGGCAAACAUAUUCUCAGGUGACCGCCCUCUGUAUUGGAAAUGCAAAGUACUUUGGCGGUGGCAUGAAAAUUACACCAAAUGCUGAUCCUCACAGUGGAAGCUUUGAGGUUGUGAUUCUUCAGGAUUUCAAGUGGUACGACUUCAUUCUCAAACUGCACAAGCUAUACAAUGGAACACAUUUGUCAGUGAAUAAUGUAACCUCAAGAAUCGUAUAUACAAUUGAAGUGGAGGAAAUUUCAGGCAGUGGCAGCAUUUUCAUUCAGUCUGAUGGGGAACAUUUAGGAUUUCUUCCUAGGAAGUUGUGUGUUCUACCUGCUGCUAUUGAGAUGAUAUGCUGAGCUAUGCCAAAGCUCUGCUGUUCCUGAUCCAAUACAAAUUAUGUAUCAAUUUACAUUAAAAUUAUGCUUCUUAAUGCGCAAAGUUGAGUAACACAAGCAAAUGAUGCCAUCAAACAAAGGAGUAGGGAGACAUGGGAUAGGGAUCGGGAUCGGUUGACCGAUAGAGAUGAGCCAUAAGUGGUUUUCCCUUUUUUCUUUUUGCAUUUUUCAAUUGUGCUCAAGUUCAGUAAAUUUUGAGACAAGCACCAUCAGUCCAUCGCUCACCAGUGCUGGGGACUUGUUUUUCAUUUGUGUCUUGUAAUUUGUUGUCUUGCCAAUGUGUACAACCAUGUACAAGUCUGGUCUUAGAAUGUAGUACAUGACUUUCAAGUUUUUCCAC